GUUCUCUCGUACCUACUUCCCGUACUUGCUUCCAUGCUGAUUAAGUAACCAACACUAAAACGCCGCGCUUCAUCUCAAACCCUCAAAAGUCUGCAUUCAUUGUAGAACUACGCUUCCAACAUCCACAUAACCCGGUUAACCAAAGCUAAAGAGCUGACACCUGUUUCUCUUAUCGGCCAACAAUAUCCUUUCAGCUAUAUAAGUUCAUUGCCUUAAAAACCAUCCCAAUGUCUUCUAGCAAUCCAGUACGCAUAGUUGUAUACGUUUAGGAAAACAUGGCGACAACGAACCAUCGUGCCGCAUCUGCUACGCCAGCCCCUCUUGCAUCCGUACUUAAUACGAAUGGAAUCGCUCAUUCUCAUACGCAUGACGACUCAUUACCAAAUAGCCACCAUGUUCAUGUUCAAGAGCCCCGACCUGCCCCAACCCCGACGCCCGCCAUGGCUUCAAAUGCCGCGAAGAAAGGAAAGGGAAAAAAGGCCCUCGACUCGAAUGAGGCAUCGAAACUUGUUGCCGCAAGAAUUUCCCAGUUGGAGGUUGAUACAGCCGCAGAGAAGGAGCAGGAGGCGGAAAUUGAUCGGGAAGUACGCAAGGCGAACAGGGAGCUUAGCAAUCAGAUGAACAAGAUGGACGAUAUGGACAAAAUAGAACUCUUAACAAAGCGAUCAUCAGAACUCUUCGCGAACUUAAAACGCCUCGAGCGCGAGAAUAUUAGGAAUAAAAAACGGGCCGAUCUAUUACAAAAGGAAAAAGAUGCCAGCCGUACGGACCUCAGCAAGCAAAUUAGCUUGAAGGAGAAGUUAGAAAAGCUGUGUCGCGAACUGCAAAAAGAAAAUAACAAGCUUAAGAAUGAGCACCGUGCCCUGAAUGAUACCCACGAUCGCCUCAAAGCUUCGUCUGACGAGCGCUUAAAGAAGGUACUUGACACUUUGGAAGGUUAUCAAGAAGAGAAAGACAACCCGCGGAAGCAGGUUGUGUAUAUGAAAGCCGAAGAAUUGUUCAAGGGAAGAUUCAAAUCUCUCAUCGAUCAAUAUGAAUUGCGGGAACUACACUAUCAUUCUUCGAUGCGAACUAAGGAGAUCGAGGUCCAAUGGAACAUGGCUCGUUACGAGCAACAGAAGAAAACGGCGGAAGCAGAAGCCAACCGUGCGCGACAGUUGAAUAGCCAAGUGCUUACGUUCUCCAAGACCGAAGCUGAAUUAAGAAAUCAGUUGAACGUUUACGUUGAGAAGUUUAAGCAGGUCGAGGACACGCUCAAUAAUAGUAACGACCUGUUCUUAACUUUUCGUAAGGAGAUGGAGGAUAUGUCCAAAAAGACGAAGAAGCUAGAGAAGGAGAACGAGGCCUACAAAAGGAAAGAGGGCGCCCUAAAUCAGAACAUCUUUAAGAUGGCCGAGGAGCGUAAUAGGCACCUGAAGGACCUCGAGGACAUCAGGAAGAAGAACGAUAAGCUGACGAGCAUCAUCAACCAGAUGCAACAGCAGGGCCGCGGUAUACCCCAGGGCAUGCAAGGCACGGUAGAAAGCUGUUAUGCCGAAGGGGCAGAAGGCGAUGAAGAAGGAGAGCUGGACGAGGGUGAUGAUGAAAGCGAAUACGAAUACGAGGACGGCGACGAGGAGGUUAGUGAUGAGGGUGAGUUUGACGACGACACAGAGGAGGAACUUCCGCACGCACCCGGUGCUUAUGGCCCUGAGCGCCCGCCCGCUAUGAAUGGUCAUCGCUAGGAGGACGACACAAUAGGGCGGCAUGCAGUAGAAUUGCCUCAAGCUGUCCACGAUCUGUGUCGCUGGUUUUCUGACUUGCGGGCCCAAUUAUUUCAGAGCGAGAAACCUCCCGCCCAGUAAGCAUCGAAGGGGCCUCCUACAAUUCCGCUACGUCUCUUCUACGGAACACUCGACCCCUCGAAGCCAACUAGACUUCGCAGGCUAGAUUUCGUAGGACCGUUCGCUUUUGGAGGACAUCUGCUGGGCUUCCCCGUUUUUUGCAGAGCAGACGCCCGAGUCGUCAACGUAUUGGUCUAUGUAGGCAGGCAGCAAGAGCAGCUGAGGCUUGGUUGUCAUUAGAGCAAGUAUCGUUUCUUGCUAGUGAUAACAUUGUAGCAAUAAAUGCGAAUUGAUACUUCCCUUGGAAAGCGUACAAAUAGGUACAUAGUUCACAAGU